GUCAUGAGCGAAGUCAAGAUGGACCAGGAAUAUAAUGAAGAUGUGGAGCAGAAAUUUGGGGUGCAGCGUGAUGCAAUGGAAGACGAAGAAGACGAUACGCAGAUCGUAGAAGAUGAGAUCCCCCCGCCCCAAAUGGAUUUCUUCGAUGAAAUUGCCGACGAGGAGAAUACGCAGAUCAUGGCAGACGAAAUACUCCAGAUUACGCCAAGUAAAUGCCCUCUUUCAUUUAUAAUAAUAAAGUAUAUAGAUACAUUCAUGCUCAGAAUCAUCCAAUUUUAUGAACAUCCAAUUUUAGACUUGGCUCGCCUGAUUGUUGUGCUCUGUCCGUUGUGAUUGAAACCAUAUCACUACCUCGAUAAAGACUGAAAAAGCUGACACUUAUCUUUAAGCUAAUUUUUUUUUUAAAUAUAUCAAAGCUGAAAAUAUUUAUAAUAGACAGUAAUUUUUCUAAUUAAAGAGACUGCUAGGCAGCAUUCACUAGUACCUGCACGACAGAAUCAUGUUUUUUAGAGAAUCUUUUUUAAAAUGUGACUUGCUCUUAACAACCUGGCUACAAAAAAUCAUAUCUGUGCUGCGUAACUUUAACAAGGCUUUACUAAUUAAUAAUGGUCGUUUCAGUGAAUAGAGAUUUAUUUAUGCCACUGUUAUCAAUUUUAAAGCAUUUUGGGAUUAUUGCUUAGGUUAGGAAGGGACAAAGGCCGUUGCGAGGCACGCCUUUUUUUGGGGGGGGGGGGUAGCUGUAGGUUUAACUGAAGUUGCUUAGUUGCAUAAAUGGCAUAAAUUUCAAAACAUCCAUCUUUAUGGUAAUAAGGGACCCUCCUUUCCUGAGACUCAUGUCACAUCUGUAUAUCGAUGCUUCCAUUACCCUGCAAAGUGCAGUUUUUCAAGCAAAUUUUACUAAAGCAACCUUCCUUUCCGUAUUGAAAAUUCAUUUAUAUUUGCAAACGGAUCUCUAUUUCGGUGACGUAUUAUAACAUUCUCGCCGUGAAAUCUUUUAGUUUGCUAUGUAUCUAAUAAUUUUCUUUCAAAUUUCUUCUAGUUGAGCAGAGGUCGGCAGUCGACUGCGACGAAAGUGUUAAGCCCAAAA